AUGUCUUCGGAAUGUCUGAACGUGGUGGUUGUAGGCGCGGCGUCUGCUGGAAUCAAUGUAGCCACUAAGCUGGCCAAGAGUCUGCCUGCAACACACCGCGUUGUAUUGGUCGAAGCGAACCCGGUCGCGUACUGGAGCAUCGGAGCGUUGAGAGCGGCAGUUCAGCCCGGAUUCGAAAGCAAGAUCGUCCACGACCUCACCAGCCAAAGCGUGUUCGGUUCGGACGAUAGACAUGUCGUACUCGCGGGUACGCGCGUCGUGGACUUGCAGGCGGAUCACGUUGUUGUCGACAAAGACGUUUCCGCUGUACUCUCUGGAUCAAGCACCGAUGGCGGGAGAACAAGGAUCGCCGUGGACCGUGUAGUGUUAGCGAUCGGAUCGGACUAUGGCUUCCCGGCACGCAUCUCGCCUUCUGCUCGAACUAAACAAGAUGUCCUCGAUCAAUUCAUCCGUAUGCAGAACGACAUUGCCGCCGCUUCGUCGAUCUUGAUCGUUGGAGGUGGACCAACGGGCGUAGAGUUCGCAGGCGAGUUGCUCCAAGUUCACCCAGGGAAAAAAGUGACCCUGAUCACGCGCGGACCGGGACUGGUCACCAACGGAAAUGACAACUAUGCCGGUCUGAGUUCAAAGCUGCUCUCACAGCUCAAGACGAAAGGAGUCAAGGUGAUUCUCAACGAUUCCAUCGCGCUGGACCAAGAGCAAACUGGACCACUCGAGAGCAUGCGCACAUUUCAAACCGAGAAGGCAGAGCAAGUGAGCGCGGACUACAUCAUGAUCGGCUCGGGUGGCAAACCGCACACUCGAUGGAUCACCGACAUUGACGCCGAAAUCCUCGACGCCAACGGUCGAAUCCAAACUUCUGCGCACUUUUCCGUCCUCGGCUCGCACCGCUGGGCCAAGUACUACGCUAUCGGAGAUGCUGCCGCCACUCCCGGUCCCAAAGUCGCAUACCUGGCCGCCCAACAUGCCCCUUUGCUAGCACACAACAUGGUAUGCGACAUCACACGCCAAACGGACAGCUUGAAGCAAGUCAGCGCUCCAUCGGCCGAUAUCAUUGCAGUCCCCUUGGGUACGACCGGCGGAGCGGCUUAUUUCAUCUUUUUCUCGCUUGGUGCGUGGCUGACGAGCUUGAUCAAAGGAAAGACUCUGUUCUUGGCCACCUUCGAGGCGUGGUUCAAGGCUUGA